CCAGUACGACGUUAAAAUAAGAAGGGAAAAUAGUUCUUAAUACUGUUGAGUAUAAGGUUUUGGGCAAACAUACAUGUGCUAUUUGUUACCAUGUUAUUCCAUCUAUAGCUACAGUACUCGCGCAAAAGCGUCUGUGCCUGUAAAGCGCAAGGGCGCAGCCGCAGUGACGGGGCUCAAGAGCUGACUGUAGAAGCCGUGCGAAAAUGACUAAAGAUAAUUUUAUAUUUGCGCAGUGUAUAUUAUAUUUUUUGGCAUUUAUCUUUGGUUUUAUUGCAGUAGUGCCUCUCUCAGAAAACACAGAAGAUUUUCGAGGAAAAUGUCUGCUUUUCACGCACGGUAUGUGGCAGAACGAGAACAUGACGGUAUCCAAGCAGCGGUACCUUAUAGAGGAAUGGGGACCCCAGUCAUCCUGCAGCUUCAUCACUAUUGUCGGAAUAGCCUCCCUCAUCUUGUCAGCAAUUCAAGCUUGGAGGUUGCUGUUCUUUAUUUGCAAAGGACAUGACGACUCUGUCUUCAACGCCUUCCUCAACCUGCUGCUCAGUUCACUCAUGGUGUUUGCUGUCUUCCUGUCAAGCACCAUUGUGAGUGUAGGCUUCAGCCUAUGGUGUGACGCCAUUACCGAGGGGGGCAACAUGCCCAGCAGCUGUGAGGAUUUACAAGACACUGAUCUGGAGCUAGGAUUAGAUAACUCUGCAUUUUAUGACCAGUUCGCCAUUGCACAAUUUGGGCUGUGGGCUGCUUGGUUAACCUGGUUGGGUAUCACCAUCAUGGCCUUCCUUAAGGUCUACCACAACUAUAGGCAGGAGGACCUAUUGGACAGCUUGAUCCAUGAGAAGCAGCUCCUGCUGGGCAGCUCCUCACGCCGCUGCUCAGAUGUGUUGGAGAGGAAAAGCGGUUUGAUCUGAUCUUCUCUGGAGAUGCACUGCAGAGGUGCAGAUGAGCCACAAAUCAGUAUGGGAUGACUGAGACAUGAAAUGCAUCCACAUGCACUGAAUGAAGUAGUAGUAAAUUAGCAUAAAACUCAUAGAGAUUAUCAUCGCUUUGCUUAUUUUAUAGUAGGCCAGUUAAAGAGUGAACUGCAAUUUAUGUUAAAGCUGCAAUAGCAACAUAGUGAUAAUAAAUUAUUGUGAACCCUGUUUAAGACACAAUAUCUAUGCUGUUAAUUUCAAACUAUGUUAUCAAUAACUACAAUAACCAGUGGUACUUUUACUCUAGAUUGUAUAAACCUGACCUCAGAUAUUAAAAUGUAGGCUAUAAGUCAGUAAUCCUUAGCUGUAACACAACAAGUCUCUUAUAAUUGUGAUAAGGAAUCAGAUAUAUUUAUUGAUGGCAGUAUUUUAAUUAGUGUUUUAAAAAUAUUUCAAUAUAGACUACAGCAUUUAUUCUGCUCUGGUUUACAGUAAUAACCUCUUUGAGCUAUUUAUUUCGGUUCUGUUUUUGCCUCUCCACUAUUAUCUGUGUGAAUGCAAAUGUGAUAAGUGUAAUCAGUUAUAACAGUCAAAUAUGCGAUGGCACUAAGUUCUCUACAAUUCGUAUUAUGAUGUAUCUCCUAAGGAAUACAUAAGCAGCUUGCAUUUCCCUAAUGACUAUAUUAGAUUUAGAACAGGUGGACUUCUUAAACACUAUUUUUUUUAAACAGAUGGAUUUCUUAAACACAAUUUCUUUUCAGCUGAGAUCCAGUAUGGUGGGUAUACUGGUUAACAGUGGAAAUCUGGUAUAGAGGCUACACUGGUGAACCCAGUAUGCAGGGUAUAUUGCUGCACAGCUGAAACCCAGAAUGGAUUUUAUACUGGUACCCUGCUGAAACCCAGUAUGGGGGUAUACUGGUGCACAGGUGAAACCAAGUAUAGAUUUUAUACUGGUGUACAACUGAAACCCAGCAUAGAUUUUAUACUCUUGCUGUGCCUAAACACAGUAUGUAGGGUAUACUAGUGCACAGCUGAAGCUCUGUAUAGAUUUUAUGCUGAUACAGAGCUGAAACCCAGUAUAGGUUUUAUACUGGUGCAGAACCGAAACUCAGUAUGGAGUGCAUACUGGCACAGUGCCUCUUGUUUCUGUGCUUUCUCUCUCUGACAGUGGUUGCCACCUCAGUAUUUACUGCAUGCUGCAAUAAAUGUGUUUUGUGGAUUCUUUAUUAACAGGUUAAAAUCGCCAAAUAUCAAUUUUGCAACUCUAUUGGAAUGUUUUUUUUUUUGUUUUUUUUUUCAUGUGUUUAUUCAUUUAGUAAAUGCAUGUAUAAUGAUUUGAGUGUAUAUUUGCAACAUAACCAUAUGAACAUUUAUCUAUAUCAUGUAUAAAACACAAUCCAUAUGUUA